GUUGCUGACAGUGCUGUCUAGAGCAGCUGUCAGUCGGAUAGUGUGUGAAGGUCCACGGACACGGAGACAUGAGCGCAGAGUAACUAGAUUCUUUGCAAAGGAAAACCAUAAUUCCUCUCCGGAUUUCAGUUUGCGUCACCUCUGCCAUGUGAGCUGGAUUUGUUUUCAACCCAUGUUUUCUUUAUUCCCCUCUCUGUGAUCUGGAGUUGCUGGUUAAACUGAGCAUGCUUUUAUCGUUGUCUUUGUUUCAUGUGAGACUUGAUUAAGAUCUCGGGGCUGCGGACCAGACCGCCAACAUCAGGGAUUGAGAGAGAGAGGCUAAUCAUUCAAACUGCAGCCCAACUUUUUUUUUAUCCUCAGUCCGGGCAGGGAUGUCUUUGACUCGCGUGGAUUACAUUGCGCCCUGGUGGACUUACUGGCUUCACACUUUUCCCCACAUCAACCUUAGGUUUCAGCCCACUGACAAGAGCUUCCAGCCGGAAGACGAGAACUACCAGCAGUCUCUCAUAUUCCUGGGAUGUGUGGCAGCAGCAGGACUUGGCCUUAACCUACUGUGUUUGGCCAUCUAUCUGAGCUGUCUGUGCUGCUGUCACAAAGACGAAGACGAGGAAACCAAGAAGCCCAACUCCUGCUGUGUCACCUGGUCGGCUGUUGCUGCAGGUCUUAUCACAUGCAUCUCUGUGGGUGUGGGUUUCUACGGCAACAGUGAGACCAAUGACGGCGUGUAUCAGCUGACAUACUCCCUGUACAAUGCCAACCACACCCUGGGUGGUGUAGACAGCCUGGUGACAGGCACAAUGGGUAACAUGAGGACUGGUCUACACCAGCACCUUGCAAGGUUGGAUGAGAUCUUUGCCACGAGGGGCGACUACGUGCAGACCCUGCAGUUCAUGCAGCAGAUGGUGGACAACGUGAUCAAACAGCUGCUGGGGCUGCCCGACUGGGACGGGGCUAAAGUGGACCUGGCAACCAUUGCUGAUCAGACUGCAAGUAUAGAGUACUACAGAUGGCUAACCUACCUGCUGCUCCUCAUCUUGGACCUCAUCAUCUGCCUGCUAGCCUGUCUGGGCCUGGCCAAGCAAUCCCGCUGGCUACUCACCACUAUGAUGGUGUUCGGUGUACUGACACUGAUCCUGAGCUGGACUUCUCUGGGCGCUGACCUUGCUGCUGCUGUGGGCACAAGUGAUUUCUGUGUGUCACCUGACAAGUACGUCAUGAGUCAGACAAAGGGGAUCAUCACUGCAGAUAUCGUCCACUACUACCUUUACUGCAAUCAGACUCUCUCCAACCCUUUCCAGCAGCCUCUGACCAUCUUCCAGAGGUCCCUCACCACCAUGCAGAUCCAGAUCCAGGGUCUUCUACAGUUUGCCGUGCCCCUGUUUCCCACAGCUGAGAGGGAUUUACUGGGUAUCCAGCAUUUGCUCAACUCCUCCGAGGCAAGCCUGCACCAGCUAACAGCUCUGCUGGACUGCAGGGGGCUCAACAAGGACUACCUGGAUGCAAUGGUGGGGGUGUGCUAUGAUGGCGUGGAGGGUGUGCUAUAUCUCUGCCUAUUCUCAAUCCUCGCUGCCUGUGCCUUCACCGUCAUGCUGUGUGCCAUUCCCAGGGCAUUGAGACAAAUCGCCAGCAGAGAGCGAGAUUACGAUGACAUAGACGAGGAGGAUCCGUUCAAUCCACGGGCCAGGAGGAUAGGCUCUCAGAACCCCAACCACGCUAACCUACACAGCUUCUGCAGCUACAGCAGCAGCAUGGGCAGCCAGAACAGCCUGCAUCCACCUGCACCGACUGUCUCCAAUCACCCCAUGUCUGAGUACAUGAACCAGACAGCUCUUUUUGGUGGAAAUCCACGGUAUGAGAACGUUCCUUUGAUAGGACGAGGCUCCCCACCCCCCUCGAUAUACUCUCAGCCGUAUAGAAAUCCAUACUCCCCUACGAUGAGGGCUACUUAUCUCUCCAUGACUGAGGAACAGAGCAGACAUUUUGGAAGUGACUUCCAAGCCUAGACUUCUACACAUGUGCAAGGAGGGAACCUGCAAAAAAGCAAGAAGCAGCUGUCGGAUGCAUCAUAGCGUAUGAACUUUAACAUCUCUUCUGUGCAGAACUCCGGCCUAUGCGGUUUCAGGCCAAUGGAAAUAAAACUCUGUAAUGUUCUUUGCUGCAGUACCUUGCAAAAGUAAUCAUACCCCUUGAUCUUUUUCAGACUUUGUCACACUACAACCAAAAAAUCUGAAUAUACUUUAUUGAGAUUUUAUGUAAUAGACCGACACAAAGCAGUGCCUCAUUAGGAAGUGGAGCAAAAAUGAUACACGAUGUUCAUAUUUUUCACAAAUAAAAAUAUGUAAAUUGUGGCAUGCACUUGUAUUCAGCGUCCUGAGCCGAACACCUUUAACUGCAGUUACAGUUGCACGUCUUUUUGGGUAUUUCUCUACCAGCUUUGCACAUCUAGAGACUGAUAUAUUUAACUAAAAAUUCUUUGCAAAAUGGUCAAGCUCAGUCAGAUUGCUUGACAAGUGUCUCUGAACAUCUAUAUUCAAGCUUUACCACAGAUUCUUAGUUGAGAUAAUGUCUGGAUGUUGUCUAGACCAUUCUAAUACAUGAAAGUGCUAUGAUCUACUCCAUUCCACUGACUGGAUAUUAAAGGUCAUUGUCCUGCUGGAACAUGAACCUGUCCCACUCUCAAGUCUUAUGUAGACUUUAACAGGUUUUCCUCCAGGUGUGCCCCAUCUUUAGCUCCGUUCAUCAUUCCCACAGCGUGAUGCUGCCAUUCCCAUGUUUCACUGUGGGGUUGGUGAAGUGCAGUGUACGUUUUCUGCCACACAAAGCAUUGGCAAUUAUGUUUUGGUUUCAUCUGAGUAAAGCACCCUUUUCUACAUAUUUUCUGUUUUUCCCCUACAAAGUUAAGAGGAACCUCUUAUAGCUUUCGUUGAACAAUAGUUUCUUCUUGCCAUUCUUCCACAAAGGUCACAUUUGUGGAGUUCAUAGUAACAGUUGUCCUGCCAACAGAUUCUUGAACCUGAGCUGUGGAUCUCUGCAACUUCUAUAGAUUAAAGGGGUGUAUUGCCUUUUGCUCCAAGGACUGCUCUUCUUGACCAGCCUGUACGUUAAGGUCGAUGGCCUUCUCUUGGUAGGUUUGUAGUUGUGCUAUAUUCCUUUUAGUUUCUCAUGAUUGUGGCUUCUCAAGGCAAUUGGUUGCACUGGGUUUUAUUUAGGGGUAAAGAAGGCUGAAUACAACGUUUUAUUUUAUUUUAGCCAAUUUGUUUAAUUUUCUUUAGCUUUCAUUUAACCAUGUAUAAUUAUCCUUUCACUUCACAGUGAUGCAGUACAUUGUGGUCUAUCACAUACAAUUUUUGGCUGUAACUCAAUCAAUCGGUAUGAAUACAUUUGCAAGGCACUAUAUUUAAAGGUCCUAACUGACACCUCUUGCACAUUUUUAAAGAUCCUGCUCAAUAUUUCAUGACCUGUUCUAUAAAUGUUUUUCUGUUCACUUGAUACCUAGCGGAAAGUUCAGAAACAUCCUAAAGGACUGGAUGAGAUUUCCAAAAAAUAUUUUUAAGUGAAGAUUUUUCUGCUUCCCACUCUGAACUGUGUGUCUGAUAUCUCACAGCUUAUAUCCAUGUCUUUAAAGGUUAACUCAUGAACGCAAAGUCUUCUAAACAUAUUGUAUUAUUUCCUGAUAUGCUACAGAGUUGAAAGUUGUGAAGCACAAACCCAGCACUGACAGCACACUGCAGGAGGUAAUGGUAAAGAACUUUUUAUUUACAUGCUCACACAAGCUUUACAUCUCUGAAAAAAGAUUACCUUGAGACCUUUGCUUUUGUAAAUAAUUUGUAAAAUAACAUCCCAUUCUUUUUUAUAUAGAGUUCUUUUAAUUGUGUGCCAUUUUUAUAUAUUUUCUCUAGAUUUUCAUGGCAAUGUCAGGAUCACCAUUUUUUCUAUUGUCUAUUAGGUCAUUAAUUUUAUUGUGCAUAUCUAAUCCAACCAAUACAGAUCAUAGUCUGGUAAGCUGUGCUGCUCUGGCUAAAAUUAUUAAUAGAAUUCUGGGUAUUAUUUUUCUUUAAAUUCACCCAUCCAAACAGCAGUUUUAUUGACUAAUGUUUUGUACGAAUUUAAUACAGGCAGUGUUGAUUAAUAGUAUUUUUUGUAGCAUGUUACACUGUAAAGGCACUGAGAGUGGUGCUUAAUUUUGUGUGUCCCAAAACCUAAAAUCUAAUUGUGAGUCGAAUAAACCAGUUUGAGUACAA